AUUGCAGCGAAAUUGGCUCUGCGUUUUGUUUCAGUGCCGUAUUAUUUCAUUACAUCAGCCGUAUCUAUUAUCUACCGAGGUAAUUUCAAAAACAAAAGUCGCUAUUGUCCAGGCACUACCGCUAACAUAAACAAUAUACUCUCCUUUCGGCUAAGCAAGUGAGUAUUGAUGCACUCAAAACACGAAAUAAGAGAUAAACAUUGAUUGUGAAGAUGCUGCAGACGAAUGUUUCCAUGGCAACGACCCUGGGAGUUUUAGCUUAUUAUAGAGAAUUAGCAUCAAAAACUGUUACAGCCGUGCUGUUUAAAAUUGUUUUACAUUAUUAAACACUGUAUCGAAUCAGAGAGGUUUUGGAGGUUUCAGGGCAAUAUAGAUAUGCAGAGGUUGAAACAGAAUGGGGCUAGCUCGCUGUGGAAAAAUUGUAAAGUACACGAUGUUUAUUCUCAACCUUCUGACAUUUCUGGGAGGUUGUGCACUUCUUGGAUACGGGAGCUAUUUAAAGGAUAACAACAUAUCCCUGUUUGGUAUAUUGACAGUAGUUCUAGAGUAUGUACAUCUCUCCGUUCCAUGGAUAUUGAUAAUUACAGCCAUUGUCUGUAUCAUUGUGUCCUUUCUUGGUUGUUGUGGUGCCAUCAAGAAAAUAAGAGGCAUGUUGACCAUGCACUUUCUUCUCCUUCUUGGUUUGUUCCUAGCAUUACUCGUAGGAGGAGUCCUUGGUUACCAAUAUAAAGAAACGAUAGAAUCCUCUAUCGUGUUACAAAUGGAGACAUCCCUUAACAACUCGUACGGUGUGGAUAACUUUGUCACGCAUGCGUGGGACCAGUUACAAUCCACACUACACUGUUGCGGAAUAGAAGGAAAUGAAAACUCAACUUACUCCUGGUCUUUUUAUAAACUAUCUACGGACUGGUAUAAAAACCAAGUACAGACUGUAGGACGUCUACAAUAUGUACCGGAGAGCUGCUGUAAAUAUCCAUAUGAUACAAACAACGUGACCAAAUGUAUAGGACUACAAAACAGAUACACAGCCCCUGUGGUGGGGCCUCCUGUCUCAUUAAUAAUGCAGAAUGACCAACUUUUUACUCAGGGAUGUUGGACAGUGCUGCUAAGCAUUGUACAAAAUAAACUCUGGCUGGCCAUGAUUUUAGGAACAGUUUCAGCUUCUCUGUUGUUGAUUGGAAUGAUAAUGUCUGUUUGUCUGUGCAAAAGAAUAGAGGAACAGAUUUAUGAAGAGGACGAUGAAAGAUUUCAAGAAUUCAUUCUAUCAUGAACAUACAGACUGAUCUCGAAUCAAAGCUAUUCAAAUUCAUUGUAAUUUUUCGUAAUUAUCAAUUUCCUCAAUUUAUUGUCAAAAAGGAAAGUAUUGUUGAACACGACAUGUACUGUCAUACAAAGAUAUUUAAAUCAAAUGUAAACAUAGAAUUAAUUUUGCAUGUUUGUGGAAUAUAAUUUUAACAAUUUGUAAAAUAAUCAAUAUUUCACACUACAA